CACAGUUUUUCAGAUUUCUGUGAGAGAGAGCGUCAUCACCAGUCCGGAGCAGAGCCUUUAUCCUUUUUGGCCCCACCGGGCUGCUGUACUCAGGCACUCGCUGGUAGCAGACGCACAGUCAAACCACAGUAUCUCCACGAACAGGUGAAAGUAUUCUUUAGCAACUUUUCGCGGGAGCACUGCCUCUUCGAAACGAGUCAGCGGGAGUAUUGAGAAGAAAACGUCGACUUAUCCUUCCAGAAUGGCAUCGUCUGCAAUGAUCACCGUCCCCACCACCGCGUCCCGCUUCGCCCUGCUCCAGAUAGACUCGGAUUCGGACUCCGAAGCCUCUGAUGCGGGCAAGAACCCCACCAAAGGCGGACGGGAGUCCUCCGGGAAGCCCCGACAGGGAAAGGCAGGAGGAGCCGGGGGGAAAGCCGGUCAGUGCAACGACAAGAAGAAAGACAAGAAGAAGAAGAGGAAGGAGCAGCAGCUGACUGAAGCAAACGAGUUACGUAAUCUGGCCUUCAAGAAGAUUCCUCAGAAGUCUAGUGCCCCGCCUCCCUGUGUGACCCUGUCAGGAAUAGCCAAUGAACUUCUCAAUCCUACAGCAGGUGACCCCAGUAUACCUGCAGAGGGCUGGCAGCAGUGGAAGCAGAGGGAUGAGCAGAUAACCAGUGAGCUGUAUGAGGCCGACUUGGAAAAGGCCUUGAUUCUAAGUAAACUGGAGUACGAACAAAACAAACAGACCACCAACACAAACACGUCCUCACCAAAGUCUCGAGGAGGAAAAGAGGUCGGAGGGAAGAAGGACAAAAAGAAGAAUCAGCAGGCAAAAGACAAAAAGACAGUUUCACUGCAGGACUUCCAGGCUGAAGGCAGUGCAGAACAUUUAAGUAAGAAACCAGAGAAAGAGGACGCCAGAUCGGCUAACCUAGCGUUGGGACUCGGGCCGGAAGAGCGUUUUUUUAACAAACUUGAGGACGAUGUCAGUCGGAUUAUCCAACAGGAGAAGAGACGUGAGCAGUAUUCUAACAGCCAGGGACAAGAAGUCAACACCUCCACUGAACACGAACCAGACCCUCGAGCAGAGCAGCUGAAGUACGAGCUGGAGAAGAAAGACCAGGAAAUCGAUAAGCUAAAGAAGACGAUUUCACAGUGGGAGGUGAAGUACAAAGAGGUGAAAGCAAGAAAUUCCCAGCUGCUAAAGAUGCUUCAACAGGGAGAGAUGAAAGAUAAAGCAGAAAUCCUUCUUCAGGUUGAAGAGCUUCUACAUAUAAAAGAAGAGCUGUCGUCACAGGUAACAUUACUACACGGUGCCCUUGAACAAGAAAGGUCUAAAGUCAAAGGUCUGCAGACAGAACAACCAAAACAUCAGUGCAGAGCAGAGCAGAGCAGCAGCAGCAGUCAGUAGGGUAACAAGAAAGGGAAGAAAGGCUCUGAAACGGAUCUAUGAAGAUCUUGGAAGGAAAUAAAACGUUAAAAUUAAGUAAUUGACUGAAGAACAAAUGAAGAAAAUCAGAAAUACUGAUCACAAUCAGGGUUCUCUUUCCUUGUUUGAUUACAUUUUUUUUUUUUUUUUUUUUUAGUUCUGACUCUAUGUUAGCAUAUACUGCAUGCCCCUUGUAAUUACACACACACACAGACAAACACUUGAGACAUUGCAGGAUGUAUUUCACAGCUGAACAAGAAGCUUUUUAGUUGAGAGUUUGUGUUGAAUUGGUGGCUUGGUUCAUGGUGCUGCCCUCUGCAGGCACUCGCUCGCCACUGCAUCUCUAGUACUGUUGGAUCAGACAUCCAUCUGUGCGUUUUCAUGCCAAAAUGACGGAUUGUGAGAUGUAUGGUUGUGUUUUGUUUUUUUCUUUUUUUUUCUUUUUCACUGUUAAGAAAGUAAAGAAAUAGAUAAAAAAUACUUUUUCAGUGAAA